AUGUUCCAAAAGCUAGUUUUUACGCAUAUCCUUUCUGAAAAAUGCGUACAUUUAGAUGAGUUCAGUAAAACAGAUGGGGUUAUCACAGUUGAUACGGAUUCUGACUCCAGUAAUCUUGAUCUUCCCACGUUAAUGGAUAAUUCUGUCACAACUUUGAAACUCGGCCCCAAUGUUAAUUUCUUUUCAUUCACUCGAUAUUUCAAAUAUUUUCAAGUUAUUGAUUUAAGCAGUAACCAAGUUUCUCAGUUAGAAACAAAUUUCAAUUCUCUUCCGCAACUCAAAAAAGUAAUCUUACCACAAUCUAUUACAAAAAUUCCGAACAAUUGCUUUGAAAAUUCAGGAAUUACUGAAAUUAAUAUGGAUUAUAUUAAAGAAAUUAGCUCUAGAGCAUUUUACGGAUGUAUUAAUCUCCAGACCAUCGAUCUAAGCAAAGUUACAUCAAUUUCGGAUAGUUCUUUUGAAUAUUCCGGUAUCAAAGUUGCAGAUCUUAGCGAAUUAACAAUUACAACUAUUCCAACAAGCGCCUUUGCUUCAUGCUAUCAAUUGACUACAGUAACGCUUCCUUCUGGCAAAGAAUUCGUUCUAAAUGACAAAUCCUUUUAUCGUUGCUAUAAAUUAACAGCAAUUACAGGAACAGUUAAACAAGUUGGUGUCAGUGCUUUAGCCUUCACAGGAAUUUCAACAAUUACGUUUGCAGGAACAGAAUUAAUUUGCAAAUCAAAUUCCUUUGAAAAAUCAUCAAUUGAGACCAUUCAAGGACCUGAAUGA